CUUUUGCCCUGCUGGCUGUUUCUACGAUAGAAAAGAAAAAUGGCACGAGGCCCAAAGAAGCACUUGAAGCGUCUUCAUGCGCCUAAGCAUUGGAUGCUUGAUAAGCUUUCAGGAUCAUUUGCUCCUCGCCCGUCUUGUGGUCCGCAUAAAUUUCGUGAAUGCUUGCCCUUAGCUAUUUUUAUGAGAAAUCGUUUGAAAUAUGCGUUGACAUAUGAUGAAGUAAAGAAAAUCGUCAAGCAGCGUCUGAUCAAGAUUGACGGAAAAGUUCGCACGGACAUCACCUAUCCGGCUGGGUUUAUGGAUGUAAUUGCUAUUGAAAAAACUGGAGAAAACUUUCGUUUACUUUAUGACGCUAAAGGUCGAUUUACUGUUCACCGCAUUACGCCUGAGGAAGCAUCUUACAAGUUAUGCAAGGUGAAACAACUUCAAAUUGGCGCGAAGGGUAUCCCAUAUGCAGUAACCCAUGACGCUCGUACUAUUCGUUAUCCUGACCCAUUAGUUAAAGUGAAUGAUACCAUCAAGGUUGACCUUAAAUCUGGAAAAAUAACCGACUUUCUCAAAUUUGACAGUGGUAAUCAAGUUAUGGCAAUUGGCGGACGUAACAUGGGUAGAAUUGGGGUUAUUACUCAUCGUGAACGACAUUCUGGAUCUUUUGACAUCGUUCAUGUCAAAGAUGCCCAAGGGAACGCCUUUGCUACGCGAUUGACUAAUGUGUUCGUAAUCGGCAAGGGUACUAAGCCUUACGUUUCUUUGCCUCGUGGUAAAGGUAUUCGUCUGACAAUUGCGGAAGAACGUGACAAACGUUUGCAAGGGAAGCAAUCAAAUAUGUAGAUACUUAUAAACUGUGUUAAAUUUUCAAUAAAUAUCGAUUACCUGAUG